AUGUCGGCUGAUGGCGGAAGUGCCCAUGGCAUGAGAAGUGAUGAAUCCAAGGAAUCCAUGGAUUUGAGCUCCAACAUUGUCAGUCACGAAAUGAAGGCCAUGGUGAUGAGUGCCAAAGAGUUUGGUAUCCCAGUCCACGUUGAACGGGCUGGCAAGUAUUUGGACGUGCGUUAUCUGAUUGGAGUCUGUGAAAUGUCCACAAAUUCCCUUCAACCAAUGCAAACGGUCUACCGAGACCAAAUCCAAAUCGAGGACCUACCUUCAAUGGAAAACUCGUUCAGAUCGUUGAAAUUUGGAUAUGGACCACCCUCAGAUCCACCCGUUGAUCCUAAGCCUUGUUCUAAUGCAUUUCCGAAUGAGCUGCCGGAGGACCUGUUUUCUGCGGGCGAGCUCGACAGUCUAUUGGAUAGUAUGGAAAAAGGCAAAGAAAGUCAUUCCGACUUUCAAAUGGACGAAAUUGAUCCAGAUGUGAUCAUGUCUUCCAACAACAGCCCGAAAGAACCAAACGAAAACGCCUUUGAACUGCUUUCAACCCUCUCGCCUGUUGGAAGCCACCUGAGUAAAAGUUCCAACAGUUCUUUUGGGUCAUGGAUUAACCCACCAAGAAAGCCGAAAAAAUCAUCAUGCGUCAGAAAAUUAAGGUGGCGAGUGGAGUAUUCAAAAGAAGAGAUAAUAGCUAUUUAUGACGGGGUUGAGAUGUUUGGAGAGCGCUUUGGAAACAUCCUUCACUAUCACUCGAACAUCUUCCAUCAAAAACGUACAGCGAUUAGUCUCUACGACAAAUGGAGAACCUCUCUAAAGACUAGCACAAAAGAGGAAUACCUGCGGAACCAUUUUGAUUCCAAGUAGUACAAAAUUUGUAAAUCUUUGACCAAGAAGGAUGCCAUUAUACGGAAAGAAAGGAGGUUUAACAUGAUAAACUUAACUGUGUUGAGUAGAGUGUUUUCCAUGGAUAGCGCAUUAAGGAAGUUACGAAAUAAAGAAUGAAAGAAAUAUGCUUAACUUAAUGCUCAUUACGUAGCAAGCAG